UUGUUCUUCAGUUUGGCCCAUUGCAUAAAGAGACCACAAGUCGUUCUUCUUAGGAAACCUUUACAGACUUUAUUCAUAUGAAACUUUCGUUCUUUAGACCUGAAAACUGGGCAGUUUUCUUUUAGAUGAAGAGAUAGUUCAGGAGUUUUGUUACCAUCUCCCUGUGUGACUCCACAGUCCAGCACAUCAAGUUUUCUCUGAAGACCAUGAAUUAUUUUCACCCGUGUCCAUACCACAGAUACUACACCAUGCUCUCCUCAGGGAUCGAUCACACACACUGGCCCGGUCACUUCCUCCCACCUAUCCCACCCGCUCCUCAGCUGCCUCUGACUUUGGUGGUGCCAAGUCACUGCGGUCCUCCAGAAACAACUAGCCAGAACGAGUUCCACUUCUUCUAUGGACCAAUGCCAGUACCGCUGUCCAUUCCUCCCUGGUAUUACAACAAUCUCUUAUGGCCCCAGCCCUCUGUGAAACCAUCACCAAGCCAGAGACUGGGCCCUGUUAAACCCAGCCCCAGAGCCAACCACAGCCAGGCUCUCGCAGCACACUGGCCUGAGGGCUUCACCCUGAAAGGGGAGCUGCGGUGGGGCAGGCUAGAGAGGGUGUAUGGCCCCCGCAGGGAACUUCCGAACUUUGUCAAGGAAGACUUGCGACGAAUGUACGGCACUUUCCCCCGGACUGACGUGAGCAUCAGCUGCCAGGGGGGAGAAUUUGUGGUGCACGGGGACCCGCGGGUGGGUGAACAGGAGUACAGAGUGGAAAAGAAAGUGGUGCGUCAGAUGGAGAGCCCGGAGGCAGACAACGUGAGUGUGAUAGUGAAGCAGAGGAAAAAGAAGAGAGCAAAGCGUUAGAAGUAAUAAUGACUGACUUCAUGUGAUUUACUUGUGGUCACUGGUCACUACAGACUUAACAUCAGGACUUUUGUUAGUAAG